AUGGCCGAACAUGAAGAAAAGGCUUCCGAACUGUGUUACAUGUUGGAAGUUGUCGUAAAUCUGGCCUGGCAAGAUAUGAUGCCACUGGUACAACAUACCAUAAUCUGGGAAAGAAAGCGAUACGACAAUGACGACCGUUCCUAUGCAGACAUGUUCCGACAAGUAUUGGAAUCCCUCAGUCGAGAGAUCACAAGGGUGGAAAAAGAAGAAUCGACCGAUGAUCUGGAAGCUGCUCUCUUGAUCCAAAGGGACAAGCAUGAAAUCCUAAAAGAAAAGCUUAACCGACUGCAAAUGGCGCUCUCAGGCGAUUGGGAAACCAAGAAUGAACUCUUUCGGAAGUUUGAUUUGGUGUAG